AUGUCAGUCCUACAAUUAGAGACAAUAUAUGACUCGGUCCACCGAAUGCAUUUCAAAUUCAAGGACUAUACUCAACUUCUGCUCACCACAUACGAGUACAUCAUUAAAGACCAGUCUAUUCUCAGCAAGCUCAAAUGGGUGCAUACGAUCAUCGCCAGAACACCCAGUCAAAGCUCGCGCUGCGGCAGACGCCCACACAGUACUACCACUUCAGAACGGUUCCCUAACAAUACUGUCUAUGGCUCCAAGGCCAACAUGACAGAACACCCAGUCAAAGCUCGCGCAGACGCUCACACAGUACUACCACUUCAGAACAACCUCCCUGAACUCUGGGCCCUCCUCAACUUUGUCUGCCAGAAGAUCUUCAACUCCGUCAAAUUAUUCGACAAAUGGUUCAACACGCCGUUGGCGGACUCGGGUACGGGGGACAAGAUCGAGUGGAACGAAGAAGAGGCACUACUGACCAUCCGGCAGUUGCAGCCGAUGUGGAGAGCGAGCUUGCCGAACGAGCGCGCUGCAGAGUCAGCUAUGAAGAAGUAUAAGAUGAUUGCUAAUGGGAAGGACGACAAGAGUCAACAUCUGUUCUUGUUCGAGAGCGUUGAGGACAAGGUUAGCCCAACCGGGCUCAUCGACGACAAAUCGAUCAGGUCGGCUGGCAAACUCAAGCUCUUAUCGCGUAUCCUUCCCAAGUUCUUCGCAACAGGCCACACGGUCCUUGUUCCUCCAAAUGACGAAGGCUGGAGGUAUCUCCGUCUUCACGGUAGUACGGCGGCGGAGCGUGCCAUGCAUGUGCAACAGUUCAAUGCGAAGGACUCAGAAAUCAAAGUCUUCAUCCUGUCGACACGAGCUGGUAGUUUGGGUCUCAACUUGCAGACCACAGAUAAUCAUGUUUGUAGCUUUGAUAGUGACUGGUGA